AUGAUUGGCGCCAUAGUUGCCGGAAACCUUGCAGAUAUCUAUGGCAGAAAAAAGAUUCUGCUCAUCGGUACUGCUGGAUUGUUGACGUCACUACUCGCUACAUCCUUCGCGCCUUCAUUUGGUGUAUUCACUUUUCUGCGUUUCCUUGAUAUGAUUUUCACUGGAGGAAAACACUGCGUAAGCAAUCCGUACUUCAUGGAGAACCUUCCUGAUAAGCACCGAAUGUGGAUGGCCACGGUGGUUACUUACUCUCCGAAUUACAUCAUAAUGGCCCUUAUUGCCAAACUCUGCGAGGAUUGGAAGACACUGUCGAGAGUGGCUGCGGCAAUAACGCUUCUGCCACUGAUUAUGCUACCGUAUGCAUUCUUACGCUGUUCCUGUGUGAAAAUGAAAAAUUAA